CUCUUUGUACGUUGAAAUUUAAUGAAUAAUAUAGUCAGUUACCUCAAUUCCAUUCGCAUGUCAGUCACAUAAAUUAUUUAAAGCGAUAGUUUAUGGCAAUUCUUAUAAGAAACAACAUAGAACAAAACGCAUUGUAGUAAGCGCUUCGCAUCAGCUGUUGUAAAAAAAAAUAACGGGAUAUCGCGAACGAAAACUGGUCACACCGACGGCCACAUCAAAAAACUGGGGGUCUGGCGUGACCCUGUUAUUUCUAUCCUGCAAUAAAAUAGCUGUGUAAUUUAAGAUAGUUCGUGUGUGCUUCGAAUAGUGUUUUAUAGUAAAUUCUAGUGUAAUUUAUGAAGAAAUUAUGGAACGCGCGACGGGAACAGAGGUGUACGGGUGUGGCUCGCCCCAAUCCUCAGACAUAACGCUGAAUAUACAAACUACUACGGGUGGUAAUUUCUCCAUCAGUUUGAACCCUAAAAAUACAGUGGAGCACCUGAAGAAGUUAGUUUCGAAGAAACUUAAGGUGUCUAAAGAUAGAUUAUGCUUGCUGCAUCGCGAAAGACAACUGAGGGAUGGUACGCUAGAGGAGAAUGGUCUGUUGGAUGGGUCGAGGGUAAUCCUCCUGCCGAGCGUCGAGACUGGCUUGCUGAGCCAUAGACCCGAAAAUUCUGUGAUGCAAGCAUUGGAAUCCCUAAAUGACACUCAGGUCAAUGACUUUCUAAGUGGUAAAUCUCCACUGAACUUGACAAUGAGGUUAGGUGACCAUAUGAUGCUGAUCCAGUUGCAAUUGUCUACCCUAAACUCGAGUUCCAGUGGCUGCAGAUCCUUGAGAACAUCAACACCUUCCAAAAAUUCUUCAACAUCAGUACGGAAUAGUAAAAGCGACGCCAGGGAAUCACCCAGCCCUCAGACAUCAACUCAACCUACCUGUACACCUGUACCGACUGACCACUCAUAUAUCAGUAGUGAAACUCCUAAACCAGAGCCAGCAGCUCCACAUGGGCUACAGAAGCAAGACUUUGAAAUGCUACAGAAUUGUUUUGAUCUGUACCGUUCUAUGGCUGAAGAGAAAUAUAGUGACAAGAGUGAUGCUAGUGAUGACAAAGAUGAUACAAUGGACACAUCAAACUGCACACUGUCAGAUCUCUCUGAAACUUCUAUAGAAAGUGAGCAAUCUCCCAUCAAAUCUUUGUCCAACUUAGUGUCCAGUCCCAUAGAUGCUGCUACUACAGAAUCUUCAAAUAAAGAUGGUGCUGCUGCCAACUCUGUAAAAAAUAAUAGAUUGAUAGAUUUUCUCACUCAGAAUAAAAUAAGCAAUGAUGUGAUACCCUCAACCAGUGCCAUCAGUGACAAGCAAAGCCCCUCAACAUCCUCCCACACUCCAGAUAGCUCACUCAGUGAUGACAGUGAUAAUUUUACAGACCAAAGUUCAUUCCUUGCUGAAAGUACUAUAGAUGAAUACCCCAUGGAAAACCUCUUCAACAGUGCGGUUGACAAAGGACUGUUUGAGGAUCAAGAUGAAUCUAUGAUGGAUAGGGAAAUAUCUAAUUUGGCUACAACUAGUCACGGCAGUCAGGAAGCUAAUUCAGGGACUCUACCACCUUUCCAAAGUAUAAACGAGCCAUUGAAAAACAAGAGAUUCCAGUAUUUACUGCACAAGACAUCCAAAUUCAAACAUCCUAUUGGUCAAAAUAAACAAAAAGCAUUUAUGCAGUCAGUUGUGAAUAAACAUAAGAAAAGGAUGCAAAGUCGACAAGACACUAAUUUAUCUCAACCUUCCACCUCUAGAACUGAGCCUUACAUAACUAAUUCUAGGAAACUAAUUCUGCAACCAAGCAGUGGUCAGACUGAGGAUAAUCCCACUCCAUCCACAUCCAAGCAGACUGUAUUCAAAGCACCAGAUGCUCCAAAGAAGCCACAAAGAGCAUCACCAACACCACCCGUGGAUACCAAAGCGCUCAUUGAAGCCUCAAAAAAUUUAACUCAGAAAUUAAAAAAAUUGUCCAAAGAGGUGUUGACUAACAAAAUUGAUCUGAGGACAGCCGAAGAGACAGUGUGCAGAAAAAUUGGUCCCGGUGCUGUGAUAGAGUCCAUGAAACAUCAUGGCAAAGGAAUUUAUUCUGGGACAUUUUCAGGAACACUGAACCCAGCACUGCAAGACAGAUACGGCCGACCCAAGCGAGAUAUAUCUACAAUAAUUCAUAUACUGAAUGACUUGCUUUGUGCUGCGCCACCCAUAACUAUUGCUCAGAAGGAGGCGAGCUUCGCAUGCGCGUCGAGCGCGGCGGCGGAGGAGGGCAGCAAGUGCCUGGGCUGCAAGCAGCAGGCGUGCCUGUACGGGCAGUGCGACGGCCACCUGCCGGGCUCGGCCGCCUCGUCCGUGCCGCGCCGCUGCACCUGCGACGGGCCCAAGGACUGCCAGUGUCGCCGGCUCGACCCCAAGCUGUGCCUCGCAUGCGUCGGCAAGUCUGCCGAUAACAUAUGCAAGAAAUGUGAUACUGCUAAGACUCUAGCCCUGGAGAACUCUAAAACUAAAUGCAAAUUGGAGCAACUGAGGCUCGUGAUGCAACAGAAGAAACAGAGGCGGGAAGCACGGAAACUAAAGACUUUGCCUUAUAGCAACGCGCCUUCCAAGACGAUAUCGUCGCCCGAGCAGGCGCCCGUUAUACAACAGGAGGAAAUAGAAACAGUUGCCUAACACUCAGUUACAUCCGCGUAAAUUAUUACUCGCGCUUCUAGAUUUGUAACGGUACUCCGCCAUCUUGUCUUGCUUUUGUAUGGAAAUUACUAAUUAUUUCAGUUAUCUCACUUAAAGUAAAUCACAUUAUUUUAUUUAUGCACGGGAUCUAUUCCAACAGCAGACAUUGGUGGCUUGACAAUUAAAAAUUUGUUGAGUGUUAUCUUUGUGUAGUUAUUAUCGACCGUGCAUACUUAAGUUUUGUUAAGGCAUGUCGACGACGAUACACAGUUCCAAGAUUUAUAUUACGCACUUUUAAUGACUAACGUUCCCUAUAUAAAAAAUGAGAACAAGCUAAUGGUAAAACUACAGUCAUACUGGGUAAAAUGGGAUUUACACAUAUUGUAAUAUUGAACCACACCCUGGACAGAUAAUUUUCAUUACUCUUAACCCGUGAUGCCGGAGCGCAGAUCUACGCUAGACACAAUGUGUUUUCUAUUGUGUCUCAUACCGGCAGACGAGAGGUUAAUCUCUAUUCAAACUUACCAUAUUAGAAUGCAUCAUCCUAGUUUUCGUCAACUUGGAUAGUGCUUGUUUAUAUAAAUGUAAGGUCCAGUAUUACCGUUUCCAAUUUACCCACAUAGGGCUCUAAAAUGGGUUACUUAUGAGGUAACGCCAUUUUGAUUGAAAGUAACUUUAUGUGAAUUUUGUUGUGACAAAACUUGAGCAUGCAAGUGGGACACAAAAGCAUGAACCGAGUGCGGACGAUAUUCUAAAUUACCAUACUAAAUAGUUUCGAUAUAAUAUACCCAAUAACUUUAAGUGCUAUUUACGCAUGUACAAAUGAUAAAGAUUGAUUAGCGAAAUCACUAGUUCGUAGCUAAAGUAAGAUUCACGACAUACUUGCCUGGCGCGGCUUCAAAUUGAUUUUUGUUGUUAUAUUUUAGAUUUUAUUUUAUUGGUUCCAUGUUUUAGACACUUGUGUAGUUUAAUUUUUUGAACAUCAUCUAUUGAUUGAUAUUCGACAUUACGGGGUUUAUUAGUAACUAACGCAUUUUUCCUCUAAGAAAAAAAUAUAAAUUUAGGACAAGUGAUCUUAUAUCCCACUUUAUUUAGUUAAUAAUUGGCACUGUUAUUCUUAUAGUUAUUUUUUCUUUGUUUUUCUUUUCUCCUUUCACGGAUAUGUUGUUAAUGAUAAUAAAAAUGUUUUCUGGAUUACACAUGUUGCGUUUAGAUUUGUUGUAUUUUUAAUGUCAAUUUGGUUUCAAUGAAUAUUUAUUAUGUAAAGAAUUCCAAUGUGUAUAAUCAUGAGAAUUAACUACCGCGAGAUGACGAUCAUAGAGACACUAGAAAUAGCUUUGUACAUACAUUAUAUUAUGCAAACGGUUUGGUAGUGGUAAAGUGCUUUUUGAGUAUAAUUCAUCGAUUUUAUAAAAAAUAUAUCAUUCAAUUGCCUAGACAUAAUUUAGGGGUUUAUUGUGAAAUAUCUGUGAAUACUAAUUAGUAGGUUUAACUAGUGACCCACUAUACAGCGUCAGGACUACAAUUACUAUAGAUGUGUAUAGAGAAUACAGAUGACAUAUUAUGUUAUGCUUAAGUUAAUAUUGAUAAUCUCCCAAAUAAUUAUGUUUGUUGAGGGUGUUUAUUGUGUAACUAAGCAAGAAAUUAAUGAUCAAUAAAUAAAAAAUUUGGCCUUUAAACACAUUGGGAAGGAUUAUCGUGUGUUACUGACUAGUCUUCCAAAAGAAGUCCAGAAUAAAAUGUUUUCCUCAAUCUGAUGAUGGUAAGGGACCAAAGACCAGGCCAAAACAAUUCAUAAGCAAUAAUUAAAUUCCUAUUAUGUCAUAUCCACUUUACCCAGGCCAGGUUGUGGUCAUGACUGAACGGCGACUUCUGAAUAACUGAAAUGUUGGAAAGCAAAUGAGAGAAAGUGUCUCUAGAUUGUCCCUAUGCAUUUUAUUACUCUACAAAAUUUUCAAAUGAUCUUUGUUGUAAGUGACCUUCGUAUCACCGACCUCAUAGUGUGAGAGACUUUGUGUAAUUUGCUGGAUAUUAUCAUGUAUGCUGUCUUCCAUUUUAUGUUAUGCAUGAAUAAUGUCGUUCUAAGAUGCUGUGUACGCCUCACUCUAGGUAAAUCCGCUAUUCAGUCGUGACGAGUUCUUUCCUUCCAAAGUGCCUCUAACUGUAAGGUACAUUGUAUUUUAGUGUUGUGCCAUACGUGUAUACUAUUUAAGUUCCAUAAUUUAAAUGUUUAUGGCACUAUUCCAAGUUCGAAUGUUCUGUUCGAUCUCUUACCAAUCAUGUUCCUAAGAUCUCAAUUUAUUUUUCCGACAACUGUAAUGUUUUGGCGGCAAACUUAUUCGGUCUAUUGUUUUUGUAAAUACAUUUUGUUACCGUUUAAUUUAGUCGUGAUGAGUUUUUUGUUAUAAGGUUUUGAGGGAAAAUCGUAAAUUGUUUUUUUGUCCUUGUAUUGCAUGUCUAGUGAGGAGAAUAAAAUAAAGUUACAUAACAAAAGUACUGUGUUGUUUUAUAAAGUUAUCCUCAACAAUAUUGCCUGGGAAAUCACGUUAGUUUCUAUAAGUGUGAUAUAAAUAAAAAAUAAUUUGAUCCAAAACAAUAUAAAUGAAUUUAUUCGAAUUAAUAACUACUGAAUCUGUGGUGUAUAAUGAGUUGUAUCUAUUAUAGGUAAAGUUACUUAAACCACAUAUUAUUUCUGAUACAUUUGACGACAGAAUCAAUACGUGAAUCUAAUAUACUCGUGGAUCAACAGUAUAACAAAAUAUACAUAAUGUAUUACAAACAGUCCAACACAAACUUAAUGAGACAUAAGUUUUGUAAGUUAAUCUUAACAAAGUUGGAUUCUAACAUUAAUAUUAUAAAUUACAAUUACUGUCAUUUCACUUAUAUUUUUAAGAAACUGAAAGUUAACAAUAAUAGUUGAGUUCAGCUGAGACAAUGUCUAAUUUCACAUCCUUUGUUCAGUCUUCAUAUCUAGACAGUGUUGCAGAUUGUUUGAUAAGUUCCAGUUAUAAUUGACGUCUAGCCUGCUCGUGAGGAUUCUAACUCUAUUGUGUACAAUGUUAACAGUAGUCUAACACAGAUAAUAUUAUUGAUAUGGUGUCUUGAUGACCAAACUAUGUGAACAAUCAUUAACCUGCUUAGGGUCUACAAAAACAAAGUCUGUACUUGUAAAUUAUUUUAUUAUAAAGUUCAUUUAUAUAAAUUAGCACAUAACCCACACACGCGUUGCCACGCACACUACAGCGUCGUAGAGAGCGCUGCGGCCCGCUAAAUAUGAACUGUGACCAGAGCGCUGUCUGCGGCGACCACGACUAUUAUGAUUCUAGAAGAGCAGUGUACUCAUGCCGCCCAUCUCGGCUUGCUCCUUCACGAAGAUUUCAAAGUACUGGUAGAUGAUGGUCACGGCCAGCAGGAUACCCGUGCCCGAGCCGAUGGCGCCGAGGAAAUCAGCCAGCACUGACAGAGCUCCGAUACAGAGCCCACCAAAAGCGGCCGCGGUCGGGAUGUACCGGUUCAGCUCGUGGAUCAUGGAGUUGUCUCGGUGACCGCGCAUCACCAUCUGUUGUUCCUUCAGUUGCUUGGCGACC